AUGAAGGUCAAAGUUAAACCGUUCCUUAUAAAUACGAAUGUUCCUCAUUGUGAUGCUAUUAUAUUAAAGGGACAGGUUGUUUGUGAAUUAUCUUUCAGGUAUGGUGUUGUGACAGGAGCAAAUAAGGGGAUUGGAUUUGGGAUAUGUAAGAAGUUGGCUUCAAGUGGGAUUGUGGUGCUGCUAACAGCUAGAAAUGAGAAGAGGGGCUUGGAAGCUGUUGAAAGACUGAAAGAGUUUGGUCUCUCAGACCUUGUGGUUUUUCAUCAGCUUGAUGUGGAUGAUCCUGCUAGUGUUGCCAACUUGGUUGAUUUCAUCAAAACCCAAUUUGGGAAACUUGAUAUCUUGGUGAAUAAUGCGGCUGUUACUGGGGGCAAAUUAUUAGAUGGUGAUCCUUUACUUAGAAAGAGAAAAGGUGAACAAAUUGAAUGGAGUGAAGUAGGGUAUCAAACUUAUGAGUUAGCUGAAAAAUGUGUGGAAACAAAUUUCUAUGGCGUAGAAAGGGUUACUGAAGCUCUUGUUCCCCUUCUCCAACUAUCUACUUCUCCAAGAAUUGUCAAUAUUUCCUCUAGAGCAGGGUUCUUGAAGAAUAUAUCAAACGAGUGGGCUAGAACAAUGUUCAGUGACACUGAAAACCUUACAAGCGAAAAGAUUGAUGAGGUGCUUAAAGAGUUUCAGAAAGAUUUUAAAGAGGGAUCAUUGGAAAUCAAAGGUUGGCCAGCUUUUGCUUCUGCUUAUACAAUGUCAAAAGCAGGUUUGAAUGCUUACACAAGGAUAAUGGCCAAGAAAUACCCUCAUUUUCUCAUAAACUCUGUGUGCCCUGGUUUUGUCAAAACUGAUAUGAACAACAACACUGGAAACUUAAGCAUUGAUGAGGGUUGUGAAACUCCUGUGAUGUUGGCAUUGUUGCCGAAUAGUGGUCCUUCUGGUUGUUUCUUUCAUCAGGGUAAAGUGAUACCCUUUUGA